CCCAUUGAGAAAAAGGCUCCGCGCGCGGGCUGCGCUCCAUCCUUUCGGCCGAGCAGAGAGGGCCGCCCAAGGCGCCGACCGGGCGCACCUUUGAAGCCGAAAGGAGCGCGGGUGGGCCGAGCCCGGGCUGGAGGAGCCGCCGCCGCCGCCUUGCCCAUGGCUGGCUGAAGAAGAAGAAGAAGAAGAAGGGGAACCCAGUUCCCGCGCUGCCGCUCGCCUUUCCUCCCAACUUUUAUGGCUCCCCCAGCAGCCGGCCGCCUCCUCCUCCUCCUCUGUUUCUUCGUGCCGUCUCGCUGCCCGCUGACCCGGGCCGACGGGGGCGGUAAUAACAGCAGCAGCCGUCGUCGGGGCAAAGAGCGGCGGCGGAGCGCCUCGUGCGGCCCAUCCCGGGCAGGAUCGGGUAUCCGAAGCCAAAAGCAGGUGGUGGAUCCGGCCGGGACAUUCCGAGAGCUUUUGCAGCGGAGCUUUCCUUGAGCCAGGCUAUAAAUAAAUAAAGAUACCUCUCCGUUUGGCGGGCGAAGAAGAUUCUCGACCCCGGGAUCGUCUGACGGUUGACCGCCAGAGAGGUUGCUUGGGGAAGGGCGGUGGGGGGGGGACGAGCCCACCGGAGCUGGCUUCGCUUCCCCGGGCCGACCUGGAGCCGAUCCUUCCUCAGCAUGGCCGCCCCGCGACCACUCUCGCUGCUGCUCUUCGGCCUGGCCUUGGUGACCUUGUGCCGAGGUGGAUGUGUGGAGGUGGAUUCAGAGACGGAGGCUGUGGUCGGCGGCUCUUUCAAGAUCCGUUGCAUCUCUUGCAAGAAGCGCAGUGAAACAGAGGCAGAAGCAUUUACUGAAUGGUUCUUCAAAGAAGAGGGGACCACAGACUUGGUCAAGAUUCUUCGUUAUGACUACUAUGAAAGGCUCGCUAUAUAUGAUCCUCGCUUUGAAGAACUAGUGGUGUGGAAUGGUACCAAGAACAUUGCAGAUUUGCAGGAUGUCUCCAUUUUCAUCCUGAACGUGACUUUCGAACACGCAGGGGAGUACAUCUGCAGUGUUAACCGCACACUCCAUUUUGCCAAUGAGUUCUCCUACAACAUCAUGAUCAACAAAACCAUCCACCUUGAUGUGGUUGAAAAAGCCAAUCGGGAUAUGGCAUCUAUUGUCUCCGAAAUCAUGAUGUACGUCCUCAUUGUUGUCCUGACCAUCUGGCUGGUAGCGGAGAUGAUCUAUUGCUACAAGAAGAUCGCUGCAGCGACAGAGGCAGCUGCUCAAGAAAAUGCCUCUGAAUACUUGGCCAUCACAUCGGAAAGUAAAGAAAACUGCACAGGGGUGCAGGUAGCUGAAUAGCCCAGGCCAGGCCAUUGGCGGGCACUGGGAUUACUGGAUUUUAUAAGUUGAUAUUGUUGGAGAGGAUUUUAGCUGACUUCUGAAGGAGAAAAUGGAUCCAAAUUUUCUUACUGCUUUCCCCAUCAAAAUUAAACGGCAGGUGAAAACUCCAAUUAAACCUGAUUUGAUGUGAUGUACAAUUAAACUUCAUUCAAAAACUUUUAUCAUUCUGGGAAAAAAAAACACUCUGGUAGCACCUUCUCCAACUAGCAGAUUCUAUGAGAAGACAUCAACUAAAUACAGUUGUCUUACAACUUUAACGAUUCCAAGUAAGUUUCCCCUUCUGUCCCAUAAUCACUUGGAGGUGACAUUUCAGACGUGUUGAGAAUCGGCGUCAGGGGCUUUCAGGGCCCACUGGUUGAACAGCAGGAAGGUGAAGUUUGACUUUCCUCUCUUCCUUCUCUAGAAGAGGAAAUUGCAACGGGUAAGAGAAGAUACACCAGGCUAGGACAAGCAGCAAAGAUGUCACUUGUGCCGUAAUGCCACAGUGUCUAUGACGUUAUAUGAACAACCCUUUCCACGUCAAUUCCAUGAGGAUAUCUUAGCGCUUGUGAUGUCCCUCCCCUUCGGAUGGGAAGGGGAUAGAACGGAGUGUCAAACUCAAGUCCCACGGGCCGGAUCUGGCCCACAGGGUGCUUAGAUCUGCUCCGUGCAGCUGCCUGAGAAACAGCGAAGGACCAGCCUACGGUAUCUGUGCCAGCGAAAAUAGCGGUGAAAAUGGAAAUGGUGUGCAGCCUCCCUGAGCUCCGUUUUCGGCUGCAACCGGCUCCUGCAGCCUUCUGCCAGUGAAAAUUGAGCCUGGGAAGGCUCCGUUUUCAGAAGCAACGGCCUCCUGCAGCUCUCUGCCAGCAAAAAUGGAACUCGGGGAGGCUGCACAUGGCCCACCCAGGCUCCAUUUUCAGCCAUGACAGGCUCCUGAAGCCCUCCGCCAGUGAAAAAGGAGUUUGGGUAGGCCGUCGUGACUGAAAAUGGAUCCUCGACGAGUGACAUUGAGCUGGCCACACCCACCCCGGCCUGCCCCUCCUGCCCACUCUGAGGUCAAACACAACCCUGAUGCGGCCCUCAAUGAAAUCACGUUUGAUACCCCUGGGAUAGAAGAUUUUAGUAGCUGGUCCUCGGUGACUACCCCCAGGAGUGAAAUGCUCCCUGUUCGGACUGGAUCGCCUGAUCCGGUAGAGAUGGCGGCGGGUGGUUCGGAGAACCGGUAGCAAAAAUCCCUGCCCCACCCCCCAUGCCCAGCUGAGCCACGCGAUCAUCAGAAUUAUUUUUUUUUACUUUUAAAAGCAUUUUUUCUUCGGCGGAAAAAAUGCUUUUAAAAGUAAAAAAAAAAAAAGUUGGCCACACCCACCCAGUCACAUUACCCCACCACCACCAAGCCACGCCCACAGAACCGGUAGUAACAAAUUUUACAUUUCACCACUACCCUCCCCCCCUCCUUAGCGAGCGAUCCACUAAUAAUGACCCCUGGCACCAGUGUUGUAAAACUCCCCACUCCCAGGCCUCAAGUCAGGUUAUCUUUUGCCUUCAAGGU